AUGAUACGAUUCUACAAAUUUUUCUGCGAUGUCACUUAGUUUUUACCUACAAACCAACAAAAUUGGAAUGCUACUUCAACGGAAACCAUUGCUAGAGUUAGAAAAGCGAUUUAGGCAGUAGAGAACCAUAGAGUACUAGAGCACUUCACCCUGAGAAUAGCUAGAUCUGGAUAAUUUUUAUUUUUCUGA